AUGUCAACCACCACAAAACAAUCCGCUCGCCCGCGCCGCAUCGACGAUGCCCUCUCCCAACUUGUCGACUCCCUGAGCCCCGCGCUUCCCCUGACCGCAGUGAAUUACGACGACUACUCGGACGAGGAAGAUGCCAUCAACGCAGCCGAGUCACACCGUCACAAUGCCCAGCUUGAGCGCGCUUGGCGUACGAUCGAUGCACACACAGCCGCCGGAUCAGCAGAUCCAGGUUCUCCCGCGGGCCCGGGUGGGCGCCGGGGUAGUCUGGCGGGCGUGGAGAGUGUCAAUAACGCACCUGAUCUGAUCAAGCGUAAACUCCGACGCGAGAAUCCCAGCCCAGACAAGGCGGUCCGCUUUUCGAAUCUGUACUCGCGUCUUCUGACGCAACCCGUCUCUCUCGCAAAAAUGGGGUAUCUUAUACCUUCUCUACAAGUUAUCCGGGAAUGA